AUGUCAUCUCCUGUGUCUAGGUUCACAUACACAGCAAUAGGAAAACUAUCUUGCUUCUUUGUCUCAUCAUUAUAUCUCAAAACAUUAAAGUUCUUCAAUAAUAUUGUCCUUCCUGCUGGAAUACUUCUAACUUGUCUUAUUUCAAUAGCUUUCUCACCUCCUACAUACUCUACCCAGUGUCUUGGAUAUUCAUAA